UCACUGAAAGUGAACUUAGUCGUGCCCUCUCUCAGAGCAAGGCAUCAGCCCCAGGGGAAGACGGCAUCACCUACUCUGUUCUCAGGCUCCUUCAGAAAGUUUCUGGCAAUCCUCUUCUCCGGCUGUAUAACGUCUGUUUUCGACAGAGAUGUGUGCCGCGCGCUGGACCUCCAGUAUCAUCAUACCGAUUCCAAAGCCCGGCACGGACAAGUUCAGGCCUAUAUCACUUACAUCCUGCUUUAGCAAGGUGAUGGAGCGCGUCCUCCUCAAUUGGCUGCUGUUUCGGCUUGAGAGCAAGUUAUCUCCCAGACUCUACGGCUUCCUUCCCCAACGUAGUACGCACCAUUGCCUCGUGGAGUUGUACGGUCGCCUCACCUCAACUAGUGUUGUCGCUUUCAUAGACCUGAAGAGCGCUUUCGAUGUUGCCAACAGGGAGGUCAUUCUCGACCAGCUCGUGGACUUCGGAGUUACGGGCAACCUCCUGGGGUGGGUGCGGGAGUACUUGCGUAACAGAACCUCCCGUGUUUUGUUCAAGGGUGCGAGCAGUACAGUUCAGAAGUUCGAGCUUGGUACUCCUCAAGGUGGCGUUCUUAGCCCAUUCCUUUUUAAUAUCUUGAUGCACCGUAUGCUUUCCUUACUUCCUGACGUCCCUGGCAUCACAGUCACCUGUUAUGCAGAUGACAUUUGCAUCCACGCGCACACACCAGCAGUCCUACAGCAUUUCCUCCACUCGUUCUCUAUCUCGUCCUCUUUGUGUGGCCUCAUCAUUUCCCCAGAAAAAAGCCGUAUUUUUACUCUUCGGAACCCGAGAUCCCUCCCAGCCUUUACCGUGGGGCACAGUGUCAUCCCUGUGUGCACACAGUAUGUCUACCUUGGUGCGCCUGUGAGAAUUCUCUCAUCCACGCCCGCUCGUCAGCGAGUUCAUCCUGUGGUUCGUGAUCUCCUGACUCGGCUGCAGUUACGCCUGACUCCUCUUCAGUGGCUCCUUAAUAACGCUACUGGUGUCUCCAUCCCCGUGGCCAGGACGAUUUACACGGCCUACAUUCGAUCAGUCGUUGACUAUCUCUCCCCUGCGCUUGUGCAGCUGCCCAAAUCUACACUGGAGCCUCUGGAAAAAUUCCAGAACACAGUCAUGAGACUCAUCUUAGGCUGUCCCAUGUCCACCAGGAUAGUCAACAUGCUGCAUGAGCUUGACCUCUCGCCACUAAUUGACAGGAUCCAUGCAAAUGUCACCUAUUUCACCGUCAAGUGCCUCCACUUCCCCCAUCUCUCCUGUCACUAUUCGCAAGUCAUUAGGACCUUCCUUCAGCCUCAUCCCCGCCUGCCUCGGCUGCAGCCCGGUGGCCGUGCUCUCAUCAAAACUGUCUGCUCUCAGCUGCAACGUUUGGACAUCAAUGUUCCUGUGGCUGACAUUUUCCCUCCACCUCCACCCUGGAUGCUGCCACUCCCGAUGGUCCACUUCACUCCCACCUACAAGGCUCACCCUCCCGUCCUGCAGAAACAACUAGCCCUGGACGCCAUAGCAUCGGUCUCGGCUACCAUCGUCACGCCACACCACCUCUACACGGAUGGGUCUGUGCAGGCGGACGGCACAGCAGGGUGUGCAGUUUACUCUCCUGACGCGGCACCUCCAGCAGAGGGCUGGGUUGGACGUCGGCUGCCGGCUCAGUCCAGCUCCACCUUUUGUGAGUUGCACGGCAUCCUAGAUGCUGUGAGUCUCCUCUGUGAAAGACGCCUCAACGGUGUCGUCAUAUGCGACUCCCAGGCAGCCCUUCAUGCCCUUUCUUCGCCAAACCCAGUCUGUCGUCAUCUGGUUAACAGGAUCCUGACGGCCCUGGCCUUGGCUCAUGACCGAUUGUUGGUCAUUAGGUUCCUUUGGAUCCCCUCCCAUGUCUCGCUAGCUUACAACGACACAGUGGAUCGCCUGGCUAAAGCUGCUUGUGGCCUGCCUGCCUGCGACGCUGGCCCUGCCCCCUCCCUCCGGUGCCUCAGGACCAGGAUCCGAGCAGCCUUCCUACUCUUUACGGCCGACAGGACUGCCGACCAGAGGGCGGCCAGUGUUACUAUUCAGCACUAUGAUGCCUUUCGUCACCAUCGCUUCAAGUAUCGCCGCCGGGGGCUAUGGGUGAGGAGGCAUAAUGUGGUGUCGGCGCGGCUGCGGCUCGGCUCCGCCCACUGUGGCAGGUGGCUGGCUUGGGAGACGAGCCUCACUACACCUCCUGUCCCCUGUGCCACUCUCCCAACUCGAAUCACUUGCGCCACUACUGCCUGGACUGUCCUGCUGUGGGAGACCUGCUCCCGCGCGAACAGCCUCUCCUCGCCGUGUGCCAACACCUGCUGCAAGGCGACCAUCUAGACCUCAUAUUUUCAACGAUCCACUGCUAGUGGGCGAAGCUGCAACCUCUACUGCACCAAGAAAACCAGCAAUGUCCCAGUGUGCAUCUUCUACGGAUACAAAUGUGACACCACGUGAUACUUCUACGCCCUGUACUUCCAAGCGAUCAGCCAAAAGGACACAUGACGAUGCAGAUGACGUAAUUAGGGAAGCCCUCCAGCAAAUGAGGAAAUUGUCGUCUACACAAGACACUGCCGAUGAGUUCACUGAUUUUGCAAAAGUAAUUGAAAACGACUUGCGACAACUGACGGGUGAAACCCAAAUUGUGGCACAAAAAUUAAUAUAUGACGUUAUAUUUCUUGCUAAACUUGGUAAACUUUCAACUUCCUCAAUGGUUAAACAGUAAUUCAUAAUCUAGAUGGGUUUACACAUAGUGCAUUUUUUAUUUUGAGUUUGGAUUGUGUUCCAGCCCCCUAAAAAUAAAUGGACAUUGUAAAGUGUGAACGAACACACACACACACACACACACACACACACGUAUGUAUACAUAUAAUUAUAUGCGGGAGCAGACACACAUGUAUCCAUAUACAUAUAUGCUAAAGUAUAUAUGUAAUUGAUAGAAAUAGCACUAUUAUUUCAUAUAAACACAGCUGGGCCUUUAUUACACAUAACAUAAGCAUACAUAAUGGACAAUACACUAUGUACUAAGCUCAAUAAAGUUGUUUGCAUUAUUUGAGUUUUGUUUUUAACACUGAAGAUAAUCCCUUUACAUGUUUUCUGGAUAAUUUAAGUUACAGAAGC